ACCAAGCGCACCACCUCGUGAUUUGGUACAUCAAGAACAUUUACGUCAACACACACGUCCGAAUCCACAUUUACGCCAUAUUCAGCAUCACAACCAUCAUCUAGUUUAG